AUGGCAAUUAUAUUUCCAAUUAACGGCAACACAGACAUGCAGUUCUACCGUAACACCUGGUUUGGCGAAUAUCUGUACCCAGUGUGCGAUUGGGAGGAGCCCGGAUGUGAGAUCGUGUGCAACGUGACCUCGACUUAUGAUACACUGGAUGAAAAGACAUUUUGCUUUUCGAGGGCCAUCAAGUCAUAUGAUGAUAUUGAGUUUUUCAUUAAGCUUGAUGACGACUCGUUUGUCGAUAUGGGGUACGUACUCAAAUUACUGAGAAACAACACAGGCUCUGGACGCUCCGUAUACAUUAGCGACCAUACAAGGUUGGAAGAUGAGGAAAAUCCAGAUGUUUUGGACAAUGUACUAUAUGGGAACGGCAAAUUCUAUAUGUUCAACCGCAAUCUCGUCAAUUGCUUGGAUACAGAGCUCAAGUACCACGGUCCGAGGAAUGAAGAUCUUGUGUUUGGCGGCAUGGUUAAUUCCGGGUGUGGCGAGCAAAACGUGGAUUAUAUUCAAGAGGACGACAAUUUCAUCUGGCAUAAGCAAUACACCAACAAAAACAAGGACAUCAACUUGGGAUAUAUUGCAAACCAUUAA